UCACCAUGUCUGACCAGGAGGCAAAACCUUCAACCGAGGACUUGGGGGAUAAGAAGGAGGGAGAAUACAUUAAACUCAAAGUCAUUGGACAGGAUAGCAGUGAGAUUCACUUCAAAGUGAAAAUGACAACACAUCUCAAGAAACUCAAAGAAUCAUACUGUCAAAGACAGGGAGUUCCAAUGAAUUCACUCAGGAUUCUCUUUGAAGGUCAGAGAAUUGCUGUUAAUCAUACUCCAAAAGAACUGGAAAUGGAGGAAGAAGAUGUGAUUGAAGUUUAUCAGGAACAAACGGGGUCAUUCAACAGUUUAGAUAUUCUUUUUAUUUUCUUUUUCUUUUGCCAACUUCUACAGGGUUUUGAACAGAGAAAACUCACUUUUGCUCUACUAAGAGUAUAUAAGAAGACAAUGGAAGCCAUAGGCUCUAUUGUCCAGCUGCAGGAUGAUGGCUUAGAUCAGAAUGGUAGUAAUGAGCAGGAAAAAUAA